AUGUUUGGACUCGUUGAAAUUCCCGACGGCCAUCCACAGCGGGUCAGAGGGUGUUGGCGAGGUCCACUGGCCGAAGAUGUUUUGACAAUAAGACUAGAUUCAAGCAAGCGGGCCGUCAUUCCAAACCCUCUGGAACUCAUGCAGCAACCCUCAGCGACCACCUCCGGCGACAAGAAAGAGCAAAAGACCUGCCUACCUUGUCCCAAGCAACAUUUGGACAACAGAAUGUCCAUGCCAAGCUCCGGGUUCAAGUUGCAAGGGCUGGUCCACGGCCUACAUCGCGAGAGGCAUCAGGUGCCCUUGCAGCAGACACCGUUGCAGGCAAGUAGAUGCCGUCGAGAGCUUCACCUGAGCUGCAAGUUGGACAAGAAGUUCCGAGUGGGGCGACCAGAAGGACACAGCCCAGUGAAACAGUGA